ACACGGAUUAAGGGAUGUUAUCUCGUGACCAGCGAAGUAGGUUUCCGUCAUCUGACGGCGGUUGGCGCAUUCACGGAUGUAAAUUUAGCUCAAAGCACGUUACAAGGCAUUGCAAUACGGCGAAGUUGUCAUAAGUUAUUUGAAGCGUCGCAGUGAAGAGCUUCCUUUGUAAACUCUUAAUUCUUGUCAGUGACUUAGAGUACUCUCGCGAAAACAGGUCAACAGCUAACUCUAAAGUGAAGAAAAAGCACUGAAGCGUGUUUAGCAGAAGAAUCUGUCAUGGAACUGUCUCAAAUCGACUCGCCUGGAACCGUUCGAAGAUACGCAGACAGACGAAAGAAAGAGAAAUUGCAGAGAUGUAGAUCGGUCGGAAACGUGGCAUUUCCGAAUGGUUUAAACCUUUACAAUCACGCCUAUCACAAUAAAAGGAGGCAUACAGUACCCACAGAACAAGAGAGGACACCACCAGCUAUUGUCAUCGAUUGUGCAAAAGACGAACCACGAGAUAAACUGAACGAACUCGACAUGCUAAAUAACAAUUACGAUGAAGGUCUCUUAAAUCCUUCAUACGUUUUAGACGCCGCUGUAGCGAGGAAUGACUCUCGCCUGCUUCAUGGAAUUUUAAGCGCUGGACACAUUAUGUUGGACAAUUUAAACGCCAGCGGAGGGACUGCAAUGCACGAAGCUGCAUUUCAAGGUAAAGUAAAAUGUUUGGAAGUGUUUCUGAAGUUUGGCGCUUCGGUAGACAUAAGAGAUAAAGAGGGUUGGACGCCUCUUCACGCCGCUGUCUGCGGGGGUGAUAUUAGAGCUGUAAUUUUCCUUAUUAGGAAUGGAGCGAGCGUAAAAGCUUACACGAGGGAAGGACUUACACCUGUUGAAAUCGCAAUGGACAACAAGGACAAGAAAAUGGUCCAAGCGCUUUCUCUUCUUAGCACGGGAAACAAGCGCGUUCGAAUGUUUGCACAAGAAGCAUGACUUUUGAACAACGACAUCACUUGUACACUUGUACAUACAUAAUUGCUCUUGUUUUAAAUACGUUUACAUUCUUCAUCACCUGAACAAAUGUUGGAUAUGAUCAUAAUAUAUAUUUCAGCGAUAGAUUAAUCUUAUAAGGAUUGCUAAAGUUAGAGUCAUAGGUAAGUCAUUCUACAAAGAGCCAAAGUACAGUUAACAUCGCAAUAAUACCAUGCACUCUGCACAUGCCUAAUUAAUAUGUAUAUAACAAAAUUUCCCGAUAUUUUUUUUUAACUACAGUAGAUUUCUUAGAAGUCUACCAGCAAUUCUCUUUUAAGCUGUCAAAAUAGUUUUUCUUUGAUAGCUGAGUCAGAAUUACUGAGUUUCGCUGCAUAGCCUCAGAACAAUAGCAUAUGACCAUGCAUGUAUAAAUUAUUGUAUCUAAACAGUUCGAACCGCCCUGUACAGCUUAACCCUUGAACCCCCGAGAUCUGAUUGUUAAUUUCCCCCUCUAGCUACGACACAUUUCUUUGUAAAUUAGUAUCGAGAGUUUCAUAGGUGUAAGAUUAAGAUAACAACUUCGAACUGAUAAGUUUGAGUUUUCUUAUCAUCCGUUUGUUGAAUGAGGUGAGGAUAUUAUAGGGAGAAGAUACAUGUUAAUCACUUCUGGAAGUUAAAGGGUUACUGGGUUUUCAUUUAGGCUUUCAUUUGAGAUUUCAUAUACCUAAGGGCUGCCCUAUUCUUCUGAGGCAUAAUGAAACGAUUUAGUGUGUUGAUUGCAAGGAUUGGUCUCUCGCGAGACUUAAAUUCUAAAGUUUUUUUCCUUAAUAGAGGACGAUAUGAAGUGUUUUCUUUUUUGAACGAAUCAAAUAAAGGCAUUGUAAACCUGUAA